GAGCUGAAGAUGCGGCGGGGCUGGAAGAUGGCUCUGUCCGCGGGGCUGCGGUGCUGCCGCCGGGUACUUUCCUGGGUGCCAGUGCUCGUCAUCGUCCUCGUCGUGCUCUGGUCUUACUAUGCCUACGUCUUUGAGCUCUGCCUGGUCACUGUUUUGAGCCCAGCAGAAAAAGUUAUCUACCUCAUAUUCUACCAUGCCAUCUUUGUGUUCUUUACCUGGACCUACUGGAAGUCUAUUUUUACACUCCCUCAACAGCCAAAUCAGAAGUUUUAUUUAUCCUAUACAGACAAGGAACGCUAUGAAAAUGAAGAGAGACCUGAGGUCCAAAAGCAGAUGCUCAUUGAUAUUGCCAAGAAGCUACCAGUUUACACAAGGACCGGAAGUGGAGCUGUAAGAUUCUGUGACCAGUGCCAUUUGAUCAAGCCAGACCGCUGCCACCACUGCUCUGUCUGUGCUAUGUGUGUUUUAAAAAUGGACCAUCACUGCCCUUGGGUUAAUAAUUGCAUUGGAUUUUCCAACUAUAAAUUCUUCCUUCAGUUCUUAGGUUAUUCUGUUCUCUACUGCCUGUACAUUGCUACAACAGUCUUCAGCUAUUUCAUCAAAUACUGGAGAGGGGAAUUACCCAGUGUUCGCUCUAAGUUCCAUGUCCUUUUUCUCCUAUUUGUGGCCUGCAUGUUUUUUGUCAGCCUUGUGAUUCUCUUUAGUUACCAUUGUUGGCUUGUCAGCAGAAACAAAACCACCUUAGAGGCCUUCUGUACUCCAGUGUUUAUAAGUGGUCCAAAGAAAAAUGCGUUCAACCUUGGCUUCAUCAAAAAUAUCCAGCAGGUGUUUGGAGACAACAAGAAGUUCUGGUUAAUACCUAUUGGGUCCAGCCCUGGUGAUGGACACUCCUUCCCUAUGAGGUGCAUGAGUGAAUCACAGAACCCACUGCUAGCAAAUGAAGAAAACUGGGGAGACAAUGAUUAUGACAACCCAGGUAAGUAG